GCACUCCGGGGCUUAGGUUUUUAUACAGUCAGACGCGAUCAGCUUGCCGCAAGAUGUGUGUGAAGACGCUGCUCCUGCUUUGUGUGUGGGUCUCCUUCAGUGUCUGUGGCAUAGUUGGCCCUCAGAAGAGCAGAGAUGUCUCAAGAAUCCAGCCUGGAGGUGGUGCUUCACUGGGCUUUAUCAUAUCAGCCCAACAUGCCUCUUUGAUCUAUGAGUUUCUCCUGGGCGGGCUGGUCAUCAGUUCAGACAACAACAUCUCACUGAUGGAUGAGGAGCUGGCAUCCUUGCAUUGGGGCAAGGCCUUCACAGCUCACUUCAAUGUCCACAUUCCGAAGACUCUCACUGCCAUGGAGGCUAUGCUGCUGGCCUGGAGGACCAUGGAGGACCAUGGGCGCAUGCAUCCUCUACAUUUUGAGAUUUUCGUUAUGGGAGUAGUCUACUCCGCAUACCAGAUGAAGAGGCAGACAAGUGAGCAGGAUCAGCAGGCUUGGGCUGAGGUCAUGGCCCGCCUAGCUAGUGCUGCCCUCAGUGACCUGCGUUGUCAUGCCAUCUCCAAUUAAAUAUAGUUAACACAACUUAAUUCCUGUAUAGCAUAGAAGAUCUCCAUAACUAAACUGCUUCUACUUCACGAUCAGUUAUGCAAGUAUUUCUGAUGAAAUAGUCAGCCGUAUCUAUGCUGUAUUCUGAUGUAAAAUUUAGCAUCUAAAAUAUCUGAUAUAAGAUUUAGCAUCUAAAACAUCCAAAUUAUAACUUACUUUCAGCUGUUCCUAUUUGCAGUUACUUUCUGCCAUCUGCUCUUAACUGUAAGCUAAUUAUUCAUUGCUUUCCAUUAUAUUUCUUUCCAUUUCAGUGUCAAUAAGACUUUCAGAAUAAUUAAAAUGUCAUGUGUGCACAAUAGGUUAUUUAAGCAUAAAUUUAAACUUAAUAAGCAUCAAUACUAGACCCAACCAUACAAGUAUUUAGAGAUGAUGUGUCUGGUGUGUAAUAGACACCUUUUUAAUUAAACAGAUUUUACACAUGAUUUAUAGGCAUAGCAUAUAUAUUUAAGCAUCAUCUUGUAAAAUUGUUAUGAAGAUGCUAAGGAGUAUAUAUAGCAUUUGCAUAGUCAGUAUUUGCACAAGUGAAUAUCAAUUAUUCUCUGUAAAAUGAUCAGACUAUCAGCAAGUUUUUGUUUUAAUAUCAAUUUAUUACAUUUGCAAAUAACAGGCAAUUUUCACUAAAGCGUGCAUUUUAAACAUAUACUUUGGUAGUUUGAAAGUAUUAGACUGUACACAAGAGGAUCCAUGAUCCAGUGUUAAAUAAAAAUCUUUUAUUUUC